AUGACGUCAUCUAAUUCGUCAUCGGGCAACAACAGUAGCAAUUGUUUGAGGAGGUUCUCGGAUAAAUGUUUAGGUGUUGGCAGCGGUGGUGGUGGUGGUGGUGGUGGUGGUGGUGAGAAUCUGGUGAACGCCAAGUCGCCGGUUAUUUUCCCCUGGAUGAAGAAGAUUCAUGCCAGGACUUCUCAAGCAUCGUCAUCAACACCAGGAACAUCAUCAUCGUCAUCUUCACUAUCAUCAUCAUCAUCAGCGACUAACACGCUUUCGACGAACGGCUACUACAACAACCACAACAGCCACAACAACAACUUAUCAUCGUCGUCGUCGUCGUCGUCCCUGAUAGCCGACAAGAGAGCUAGAACGAGCUACAGCCGCUACCAGACGCUCGAGCUGGAGAAGGAGUUUCAUUUCAAUCGCUAUCUCAACGGUCGGCGACGAAUCGAAAUCGCUCACUCGCUUGGGUUAACCGAGCGACAGAUCAAAAUUUGGUUCCAGAACCGACGCAUGAAAUGGAAGAAAGACAACCGGUUGCCGAACAGCAAAAGUGGUAAAAUCGGCUCUGCUAAUUUGUCGUCUGGUACCGGUUCAGUCGGUAUUGGCGGUUGUGGCAACGGAGUUGGCGUUUAUGACGAGUUUAGUAGCGGCGAUAAAGACGAUGAUGACGACGAUGGUGACGAUGAUGACGAUGAUGGUGAGAAUGACGGAGAGAAUGAUGAAGAAGAGGAAGAAGAUCAUCGCCAUCACCAUCAUCGUCCUGUCGGGAUUGAUGCAGAUGACGUCAUCCACAAUAAUAACAACAAUGAUAACGCCAACAAUAGUAAUAAUAAUUUGAGAAUUCCAUUCGCUGAUAGCAUUGGCAAGAGCAAAAAUGCAAUCGACAUUAAUAAGAACCACGACAACAACAACAACAAUAAUAAUAACAAGCAUAACAAUAAUAAUAUAAAUAACAAUAAUGAUAAUAGAAGCAAUUAA